AUGUCCAAUCCAGGCCCUUCAAAACCAACGUCUUCUCCAGUCGGGAUCCACUUUCCAGGGCGUCAGGAUGAUCGUCCAGUGGCGGGCCAGGCACAAUUCGCCUCUAAUGAUUCACAUGGCACGCCUGCGUCGUUUGGAACUCCACCUCCGAAUAUCCCACCACGUUUCGUGAGUGCCAGUUUGAGACCGAGUGUGAGCUCCUCGCCUCGAUUGGGGCCGGCGUUCGGCUCACCAUCUCGUGGAAGCCCUCUCGUGAGUGGCCGAGCAAGCCCUGCUGGACUCCCGGAGGUUCGUGAUGAACGCGGCCGUUCUGGGACCCCAAUUCCCAGAGAGUUGGAUGGGUUGCCAGAUGAGGAGAAGGCUCGUGUGCUGAGGAGGCAUUUGGUGUCCCGUGAGGAACGAGGUAGUCGUGCACCAUCUAUAACCCCAAAUGUAUCUGCGAGACAGGAUACGGGUGGUGUAAGCGCUGUGCCAGGAAGAUCCAAAACUUCUUCGCUCUACGAGAUGGAUGAUGAGGAGUUCCCAAUAACAUAUUCGCAUCCAGGUGCUGAUAUAACUCAUAACAUUUACAAGUGGCAAUCUGAUGCUCGUCGAGAAGCACUUCGCCGUACCCGUGCCACCUCUUUAAUCGCGCCAGCAAUAAAUGUCGAUUCAGCUUUUCAGCAUAUUCACGAACCGGGAGGAUUCAGGAGGAACUACCUUCUGUUGCGUGCAAAUGAACAAGGUAUAGAAGUGCCUCCCAUGUCGAACCACUUCAUCGAUUUCCUGUACCUCUUCGGCCAUUUUGGCGGAGAAGAUCUUGAGGAGGACGAAGAUGAAGAAAUGGAUGAAGAUUUCCUUACACCAAAGCCCCAUCCACUUUCCCCUGCUGAAGCAGGCUUGCGUGGUGUCCAAUCUGGACUAGCUCAACGGCCUUUCGAUGCGUCGAAGCCACACGAGCAUCGCCCUCUACUGCCUCGUGACACUUCCAGAAGCCUGAGCAGACUGAGAAGACGGCAGCGAUCAGCGAGUGGGAAGUACGGGGACGCGACUGUCACUCAGGCCGUUCUCAUGUUGCUCAAAUCAUUCAUCGGGACUGGAAUCCUUUUCCUCGGAAAGGCAUUCUAUAAUGGAGGGUUGUUAUUCUCCAUCCUCACUCUCACGUUUAUUGCUGCUAUCUCGCUCUACUCAUUCAUCCUACUGAUAAAGACCAAAUUCGUGGUAUCGGGAAGUUUCGGUGACCUCGGCGGGAUUCUCUACGGAAGGUGGUUGCGAGUUGCUAUCCUUACGUCUAUCGUGAUAUCACAACUCGGAUUCGUCUCUGCCUAUACCAUCUUCAUCGCGAGCAAUUUCCAAGCGGUAAUCAUGGCCGUUUCCAACUGUCGUCACUUCAUACCCAUGAAGUAUCUCAUUAUGGUGCAGGCGAUUGUUUUAUGCCCAUUGUCACUGGUCCGAAACCUUGCGAGGCUCUCAGUGACGGCCCUGAUUGCUGAUGCAUUCAUCUUGGUUGGAUUGAUUUACAUCGGAUCAAAUGAGGUUGCGGUAAUAGCUGAGCGUGGAAUUGCCGACGUUGCUAUGUUCAAUCCUAAGGACUUCCCGCUCCUUAUUGGGACUUCUGUCUUCGCUUUCGAAGGUAUCGGAUUGGUCAGUUGCUCCAUCAUCCCCCGUAAGAGUACGGGUGAUGACGUUCAUCAGGUUGUCCCGAUCACUGAUUCGAUGAGGGAACCUCGAAAGUUUCCAGCGGUUCUGAGCGGAGUGAUGAUUUUUCUCCUAUUCUUAUUUGGCGGUGCUGGCGUCCUUUCAUAUGCGGCUUAUGGGUCGUCUGUCCAAACAGUUAUACUAGUCAAUCUACCACAAGAUCAAAAGUUUGUUCAAGUUGUUCAAUUCCUUUACGCAUCGGCGAUUCUUUUAUCUGUCCCAUUACAACUUUUCCCCGCCGUGCGUAUUAUGGAGAAUUGGCUCUUCACUAAGAGCGGGAAAACAAGCUUGAGGGUUAAGUGGAGGAAGAACGUUUUUAGAUUUGCCACUGUUUUCGGCUGUUAUGUCGUUGCAUGGCUUGGUGCCGCCGAUUUGGAUAAAUUCGUCAGCUUUAUUGGAUCCAUUCCAUUAUGCUAUGUGUACCCUGCAAUGUUACAUUACAAGGCGUGCGCUCGCACAAGGUGGGCCAGGGCAGGGGAUAUUGCUCUUCUGGUAUUUGGAUUGGUAGCUACCGUGUUCACGACUUGGCAGACUAUUCACCUAAUGAUGGAGCCUGCACAUGGAGAAGAUCCUCAAAUCAGAUACUGCCAACCCGCAUCCCCUGGGGAUUCUACUCCACUUCGGUUACUUUUUGAACGUUUGGGGAUUGUGUAA